CCCACCCUUCCCUCGCUAGACCAGGGUUGACCGGGGGCAGUCCAGGGAGCUAGUUCGUCGUCGCCUUGCUCCCAGCUCAGGCCAUCCUGAAUUCGUGGCCAAUUCGUACCUCAGAUUCUGCCUGUUCUUCUCCAGGAUUAGGAUUCAUUCAUCCGCCGAUCGGUUGCCGAGGCUUUUACUUGGAGAUAAACUGCAUAAUCUUUAUAAGUGUCAUAAAAUGGAACUCCCCGAAAACAAGCUUGCUUGCUUCAUCCAAGGCAAUGAAAAGGCAAAGGCAAAGUGGAGACCGGUCAACAAUCAUAACAUAAACAACUUCACAGAAGAUGAGAUUAAAAGGAUUACUAAGAAUUAUAGCACUCCCAUUGGCAAAGGCUCCUUCGGAGAGGCUUACAAAGGUGUUCUUGAUGACGGUGCUCAAGUUGCCGUAAAGAAAUACAUCCGCCAAAAUUUGAAAGAAGGGUUUGCUAAAGAGAUAACCGUCCAUUGCCAAAUAAACCACAAAAAUGUCGUCAGGCUCUUGGGCUACUGUUCAGAGGAAAAUGCUUUAAUGAUGGUCACUGAGUACAUCUCUAGUGGAAACCUCAGAGAUGUUCUUCAUGGCAGCAGCAAGGUUCCCAUCUCUUUGGAUGCAAGGCUACGUAUCGCUAUUGAGUGUGCAGAGGCAUUAGCCUGCAUGCAUUCCAUGUAUCAACCGAUCAUUCACGGCGAUAUCAAGCCUGAUAACAUACUUCUUGACAGUAAAUUGGGUGCAAAAUUAGCUGACUUUGGAAUAUCAAGGUUGCUUUAUAUGGACAGCACUCAAUUCACCAUGCACAUAAUAGGCAGCAGAGGCUACAUGGACCCGGAGCACAUUGAGACCGGACGUGUUGAUCCAAAGAAUGAUGUUUAUAGCUUUGGGGUUGUUCUCGUAGAACUAGUUACCAAAGCUAAGGCAAGUGAAAAUGGGAUAAGCACUGACCUCACAAGAAAUUUCAUCAAAGCUCUUGAAAAGGGGAAGAAGGCAAGAGAGAUCUGAGCCGAUUACGACAGAGAAUAAACAACCUGAGAAUCUUCGCAGAAGAUGAACCAGUAACAACCACCAACAACUAUUCAGAUGUCAUUGGCACAAGGGUUCAUUCGGCAAAUUCUACAGAGGGACUUUGUAAAUUGAUGCGUCUCAACAGCGCGAUUGGAUGUGCGGAAGCGUUAGCAUAUCUGCAUUGAGAGGAGGAGCUGUCAUAUUUGUAUUCGGUGACGCAUAAAGAUGUCUUACAUGGUAAUGUCCAGUCUGUGAAUAUACUGCUCGACGACGAUUUCGUGCCAAAGGUUUCGGAAUUCCUGUUCCAAAUGAGCUUACAAUAUCUAUUUCGUGGAGUAUGAUGACCCAGCAUUUGUGCAAACAGGCCUAUUAACGCCAAAGACUGACGUUUACAAUGUUGGGAUUGUCCUCUUAGAACUUAUGACCAGGAAGCUGGCAAGAGCAACACAUGGUGACAAGCUCUGCCUCUGGGAGGAAAUUUGUUGAUGUUUUUGAGAAAGGAAAAGAUAUAGGGGCAGCCAUGUUUGAUAAGGAGAUUCUUGUGGAGGAACGAGGCACUUCUGUAUUUCAAGCGACCGGCUGGCUGAUAAUGCACUGUGUCAAACUGGAUGCACGCUUUCGGCCAGAAAUGGUAGAGGUGGCUGAGCGGCUUCGGCCUUCGGGGGCUUAGAAGGGCUCUGAACGGAGAACUUUCUGUUAAAUUAAGUGGUGGUGCGCACAAAUUUCAUGUUUUUUGUUAAUUUAUAUACUCCACUGUCUUGUGACAUGUAAGUAUUUGGCCAUAUCUGUACUCUACUCUGACAUACUCUGUGAGUAUUUGGCCAUAUAAGUACAUGUAAAGCGUUUCUACGUGUGAAUAAACUGCCAAGUGAGUACUGCCUUGGACA